UCCACAGGUCCUCGCGGGAGCCUUAUUGUGCGCGGCGGUUGCUGUUCGUUGAGCUUCUGUUGAGAGAAGCGGCCGGUGUGGCGCCGCCGGAGGGUAUAAAAGAUGGCAAGUCCAGAUAGAAGUAAGCGGAAGAUACUAAAAGCCAAAAAAACAAUGCCUGCAAGUUGCCGGAAGCAAGUAGAGAUCCUGAAUAAGUCAAAGAAUGCUGAAGCACUGAAAACAGCAACUGGGAAUAAUGUGUCAAGUGGUAAUCAGAAUUCAAGUACUGGUGUCAUAAAUAGCAAAUAUGGACAUUCUGAAAAUGAUGCUUCCUUAUUGGACUCUAAGAAAAAUUCAGUAUGCUCAGAGAAAAGUAAAGCAUUUUCUCAGAAUGUAAUGAAACCACUAGAAAUUGUUGAUUCAGAAACAAGAUUGGAAUACAUUGAAGAACAAGUUGUGUGCCCUUACCAAAAGCCAAGCAAAACAAUAGAAUCUUCCAGGAAACUCUUUACACAAGAGGCGAAAGAUUCACAGAACACUUCUGAAAACCAUAUUGAAUGUCAGACAGAUAUAACAAGAUCCUAUUUUGAACGACAUGAAGAAGAUUGUAAUCUGAAAUCCAUUUGUUGUCCAUCUAGUGUAUUGAGUGGUAUGGUUCAAAUGCCAAAAACUACAGUAAACAAUACCUUGGAUGAUAAGAGAAUCGACAAGACAGUUUCUUAUUUAGAAACAAACUUCAAUUCUGAGUCAUGUGAUAAAAGACAAAGUGACAUUUUAAGUUCAGAUACCUGUUUUCUGCCUGUUGAUAAAAUACUUAAGUUGGUGAAUUCAGUCAUUUCCAGUAACUGUGCUACUGACAUUUUGAAAAGUGAAGAAUCCUGUAGAACCUGUCAUUCCAGCAUUUCAAAUUUUGAAAGUAUAGACUCAACACGGCUGUCAGCACUUGACACUGAUAGUAAUAACAGCCAAAAUCAAAAGAAGAGGAUGUUUUCAGAAAACAAAGAAAAUGUUAAGCGCAUGAAAACUUCAGAGCAAAUUAAUGAAAAUAUUUGUGUAGCUCUGGAAAAGCAAACAGCAUUGCUGGAACAGGUCAAACAUUUGAUUCGACAGGAGAUCUAUAGUAUAAAUUACAAACUAUUUGAUAAUAAGCUGAAAGAAUUGACCGAACGCAUUGGGAAGACACAGUGCAGGAAUAAACAUGAAGCAAUAGCUGAUGAACUCUUCGCAAAAAUAUCAAAACUUCAAAGACGUAUUAAAGCAGGAUUGCACUCUCAAAAGAAUUGCUUGGAACCAAAUGUAUUAACCAGUAAUACAGCCUGUAAGAUUACAAAUUCAGAGACCAUGAAUUUGGAUAAGAAUCCAGAGUUAGUCAGUAGUCCAGAUGAAGGAAAGACUUCUGUGAGCUCUGAACCUUCUAACCCUUCAGAAAAAGCAAGUGAAAAGCUUAAUUUAUCACGGGAUCAUGAUGAGGCUGUUUCAGAAAGUAACAAUGAUGAUGUUACGUUGAUUUCUGUGGAAAGUCCUAAUUUGACAACUCCAAUUACAUCAAAUCCAACAGAUACUGGAAAAACUACAUCAGGAAAUUCUAACAAUUCUAAUAAUUCACCUGGUGCUGAAACAGAAGUUACGGCUGUAGAGAAGAAGAAAUUUGAUUCUGUGAUUGAUCUGACAAAAGAAGCCCUAUCAGACUGCAGCACAGGUAAGAGAUUUGUCUUUCCUUUUAAGAAAGAGGGAAGGUAGCAGUUCAGAAAGUAUU